GGCGGUUAUCAUGUGAUAAUACAAAAAGAUCAUGUGAAGAUCUGCCAACGAGUCAUUCAGUUCCGGAAUACGUCAUGGUUGACAAGCUUCCAUCUAGAAGCUUUGACAUGCGAGUCUAGACUCGCGGCUCUCACGACCUUGAAGUCUGAUUGUGUGGAUGAUAAGGACGUUUCGUUAAGGUCUCUGGGACUCGCACUGCGAGUCCGACUCAGGGUUGAGCACAGUGAGGCAGCCUGGUUGAACACAGAAAAAAGAUGAAUAAAUAAAUAUGGAAAUCCGGCCGCCGAGUACUAAUUAUGAGCAACGACCAACCGAAUGCUCGAUUUACUGGUUCAUAUCAACAAAAAUGUUAUUCCAUUCACACUUCUCUUCGCAGAGGGAGCAUAAAAACAGAUCGUUUAAUUUAGUGUGGAGGAGGGCUGGCGGCGUGGCUAUGCAUGACGAAGAAAGAGGAUGCGCUGUUGGAGGUUCAUGAAGAAGAGACAUCUGAAAACCACAAAGUUCGAGCAAUGAAAGUGUAGCAUCAUUCUUAUUCUUCCUCUCUCUUUUCUUGCUCAUUUCUGCACCACUAGUAGAUGCUGAAUCAUUCACUUAUCCAUAUACAAUUUCUUCUAGUAAUGGGCACUUCAAUUCAUACAACACGCCACGAAGGCCACGGCGCAAUUAUUACAAAGUCAUGAGCAGAAGAAGCUUCUGCUUGACCUGCGACCGACGAAGCAAUUUAAUUUUAGCCAACACACACCACCAAGCGCAGACCAGCCAUCCCUUUAUAAUAAGCAGAACACCCUGAUCAGGCGCGCAGCGCAAGAAUUCAUCGGCGCGCCCCAGUAAUCGACCAGCCAGUCAACCACCAUGUUCUUCUGCGAGUGCGGCACGGGCAGCUUCAAGCACGUCGACGAGGGCCCCGAGGACCUCGGCUGCGGCGCGGGCGGAUCGCCCAGGGGGAGGAGGAAGCACGGCGGCAAGGUCAACCCCUACGCGGGGCGCGGGCUGGACCAGUUCUCCGUCGUGCUCUCCGAGCUCGAGACCCGGCGGGCCAGGAUCCUGCGCCGCGUCGGCUCCGACACCGGCCUCGUCUUGGUCCGCUUCGUCCAGUCCAACGGCGGCUGGACGCCCGUCGUCGUGAAGCUCCCCGACGAGGAGCAGCUCAAGCACGGCGCCGCCGCCAAGAAACCGAGGGCAGCGGCGUCGACCGCGCCACCACCACCGUCGCCACCGGCUCCUGCUUCGCCCACCAGUCCGCUGGACCCGACCAGCCCGAGGGAGAGGGAAGGAGGCAAGAAGGCGGCCACCACCAAGGUGCCGGCGAGGAGGGCGUCCUUCUCGUGGGGGACGAGGGCGCGGCGGCCGUCCUGCUACUGGCCGGCCUUCAUCGUGCUCACGCUGGCGAGCCUGGCCGUGUUCGGGCGGGUGUUCGCCAUCUGCCUCACCUCGAUAUGGUGGUACGUCCUCCCCACCCUGGGCAGCGGCUGCUACGACGGCGCCGGCGAGGACGCGCGCCGGGCCGGCCUGAGGAGGUCCAUGGAUAGAAGGAAGCUCGUCUCGCAGCCGCCGCACGCCAAGAACGGCAGCGGCUGGGGCGUGCACGAGGUGGCCAGCUCGCCAAGAGGCCAUGCCAAGGGGAAGCGAGGCUGACGCCUGAUCGACGCAAGCAUUGCGUGCAGCUAGUCUUCAUGUGAAUAAUUAGUGCCCGUAGUUGGGUCACAAAUCUCAUAUUUACUCCUUUUUUUUCCUUCUCAAUUUCUUCCAUCAUGAUGAGAUGGACCGUGAAUUUGACGUCUCUCUUUUACAGUCCAUCUGGUCAUGUUGUAAUUUGUAAAUAGUGUCGAGUUACUUCAUUUACAUGCAUGGAUGACGGCCCUUUUUUCUGCGUGGCUAUACCCGAUUGAAGCACUGAAGCAUACUGCUCAUAAAACUUAUUUAUUUCACU